CGGCUCCGCCCCUACCAUGUGAUUCUCUCGUGGUCUUCCGUGAUGGAGCUGCAGGAAGCUCAACAAGAAACAGUGACCCUUAACAAUGGUGUGACUAUGCCCCUCCUUGGACUGGGCACAUUCCGUUUGAGAGGACCAGAAAACCUAAUCCAGGCUGUAGAUGCAGCACUGGAAUGUGGGUACCGCUCCUUUGACACAGCCUUUGUCUAUCGUAAUGAGGGUGAUCUUGGCCAUGCUUUGCACCAGCUGUUGCCUAAAUACGGCUUAAGUCGAUCUGAUAUCUUUAUUACAAGCAAGUUAUCACCUGCAGACUUGGGGCCUGGGGCUUGUGAUGCUUGUUUGAAGAGCUUGACAGAACUGGGAUGUGAGUAUUUGGACCUUUACCUCAUUCAUUGGCCAGGGAAGCAGGGUUGGCGAAGUGACGAUGCCCGUAACCAAAUGGCUAGAGAUGAAAGUUGGAAAGCCUUGGAGAACCUGUAUCACACUGGCAAAGUUAAGGCGCUGGGUGUGUCCAACUACACAGAGGCUCACCUGGCACAGUUGUUGGAAUCAUGCAGUGUACCACCUGCUGUGUUACAGGUGGAAUGUCAUCCACGGCUCCAACAAACUGUUCUUGUUGGUUGGUGCAAACAGAAUGGUGUUCACCUGCAAGCUUACUCUUCCCUGGGCUGCGGGGACCUUCUGAGAGAUGAGGAAGUGUGCAAAGUGGCUAACAUACAUGGGCGCACUUCGUCCCAGGUGUUACUCAGGUGGGCCCUACAGCAAGGUGUUGGAGUUAUUCCUAAAGCUUCCACACCAACGAGAAUAAAGGAGAAUUUUCAAGUGUGGGAUUUUAAGCUGAGUCAUGAAGAAGCUGAAAUGCUCAAAGGUGAUGGCACAGAGAAAAGAUACUGCUGGGAUCCUUCUGGAGUAGCAUAGCAUCAUCCACACCUAUUGUCCUCUUAUUUUCUUAGGACUGUGUUUUUUUUUGUCUCUUGCCUUACCAAAAACUGGAAUUGAUACCAGAAAGCAAAGUUGUAAAGGAUUUAACAAAAUGUCUUAUUUUAUCUGUUCGGAUUCAGUGUCAUAUUUUUUGGAGGGAACAUAAUAGACGUUACUGGUCUAAUAUAAUGCAGGAAAUUUUUUUAGAA